AUGUCGUCGACAGCGUACAUUCCCUUCUCCGAGCCCGGCUACAUCGCGGGCCUGCCCUCGCCGUACUACCAGGCGACGCACUUGCGAUGGCAGAAAGCGUGCCGUGCGUUUGUGGACGAGCAUUUGAUUGAGAAGGGGCUGGAGUGGGAUACAGAGGAGACGGUGCCGCCGCAUGUGUUUGAGACGUUUGCGAAGGCGGGGAUGCUGCUCCCUACGCUGCCGGCGCCGCUUCCUGUCGAGUGGCUGAGGAAGCUGGGGAUACGCGACGUGCUGGGUGUGGUGAAGGUGGAGGAGUGGGAUUAUAUUCAUACGAUGAUCUAUGCGGACGAGAUGGCACGUACUGGCCUCGCAGGCCCCAGUGGUAGUUUGACCACGGGCAUGGCGUUCGGUGUACCGCCUAUCAUCAAGUACGGCGACAAGCAGCUCCAGGAACGCUUCCUCCCUGACCUCCUUACCGGCAAGAAACGCACUUGCAUCGCCAUUACCGAGCCGGAAGCUGGGUCCGACGUUGCAAACAUUACCACCACGGCUGUCAAGACACCGGAUGGGAAACACUACAUUGUCAACGGCACGAAGAAGUGGAUCACAAACGGCAUCUGGUCUGAACUGUCGUCUAUGGCGGUGCGCACGGGUGGGCCGGGGCCAAGUGGACUGAGCAUGCUCGUCGUCCCGCUCAAGGGAAAUCCAGGCGUGAGCAUGAGACGCUUGAAAGUCGGCGGCCAGGUGUCCGCAGGAACGACGUUCAUCGAGCUCGACGACGUCAAGGUGCCGGUUGAGAACUUGAUUGGCGAAGAGGGUCAGGGCAUGAAGUACAUCAUGACAAACUUCAACCACGAGCGCCUCACCAUCGCCAUCGGGGCCACUCGUCAGUCGCGCGUCGCGCUUGCCGCAGCAAUGGAAUAUGUGCUCAAGCGCGAAGCCUUUGGGACGCCGUUGAUCGACCAACCAGUCGUUCGACACCGACUCGCCAAAGCAGGCGCCCUGCUCGAGAGCCAGUGGGCGUGGGUAGAACAAUUCGUGUACCAAAUGACGAAGCUGCCAAAGGCCACGGCGGACAUUGAGCUGGGCGGUCUGACAGCCAUGGUCAAAGCGCAGAGCGGUAUUGUGCUGAAUGAAUGUGCGCAGACGGCGCAGCUGCUGUUUGGCGGGAACGGGUAUACCAAGAGCGGACAGGGAGAGUUGGUUGAGCGUAUCUACCGCGAGGUACCUGGCAUCAGGAUACCAGGCGGCUCAGAGGACGUAAUGCUGGACCUGGGAGUGCGGCAGUUGGUCAAGAACUUCAAGAACAAGACAAAGGCUCUGGAGCGACCGCAGGGCUCCUCCAAGUUGUAG